AUGGUUCUACAAGCAAGGAGAAAGGAGAAAUGUGCCAAACAGUGGCAGCCAGAUGAAAGCAAGCAGCCAGAAAAGGGGGAAGAAUCCGAAGAAUUCUGCUCUUUCAGUGCUAUUGGAAAUUUGAAAACUGCUGAAGUUGAUCCAGGCCGUCAUUUUGUAAAGAUCCUGAACUAUGCUCCCGCAAAAGAUGAAAGCAUUGGGGAUUAUCUCUUGAAGCAGGAAGUCCAAGGUCAACCAAUGUCUGUAUUUCGGUUUCUCCCUGAGACCAGGAUGAGGCCCAACUCCACUGUGACAGCUUGGGCAGCAGAUGCUACAGUGCUUCACAAGCCUCCUUCAGAUUUUCUUUGGAAGGAGCUGAAGAGAUUUAGGACAACCUCUGACUGCGCUACUGUUCUCCGUGAGCCUACUGGUCAACUAGACAAACUCGAACUAGUGACAAUACGGAAAAGGCCUGUGAUUUUUAUAAACAGUGCUGUGGCUCGGUUCACUCCUCUCUACUGGAACAGAAGGCAAGGAUGGGUGGUGAAAGAGGAAACUGAAAAAUUUGAGAACAUUGUUAUACCGACUUUCUCCACAACGAAGCAAAAAGAGGGAUGGGGAAAUGAACAGGAAUUUACAAUAACUGAUACAGAGUAG